AUGACAUGGGUUUCGAAAAUUUCUCUGUUUCCACCUGUACGUGUUGAUAGAAGCUUAAACUCUCGAUUAUAUGCAACUGGUAAUAGAUAUUACUAUGUUGAUUCACGACAAGUUAGGCAUUUCAAGCCUCGCGGAUACAAAAGAUGGUCUGAUAACCCCAAGAACAUUUUGAUAGCUGUGUUAGUGGGAUCUGGAAUUGGGAUAACCGUAUAUUUUGGGAAUGUUGAGACGAUUCCUUACACAAAACGGAGGCAUCUUGUUUUGUUGUCGAAAAAUUUGGAGAGAACGAUUGGUGAGUCUCGGUUUAAGAACAUGAAGGUCGGGUUCAAAGGAAAAAUUCUACAUGCGAUGCACCCAGAAAGCGUUAGGGUGAGAUUGAUUUCAAAGGACAUAAUCGAAGCAUUGCAAAGAGGAUUGAAGAAAGAGCAAGGAAAAAAAUGA